AAUUGGUGCAAUAUAAAGAAACGGUGAAAAUUUAUGGCAGCUCAUCGAAAAUUUACUUUUGAAAAUCCGGAGGAUAGCUAUUGGAAUUCCAAUGAUUUAAUUGAUGUUCCUUUUAGUAAUUCACCGACUAUCAAUGCAACUGCCACUCGAGAAGCCUUGGAUGAUUUGUUUGAAUCUAAACUUCGUUUUGAUAGCGAUGAUGGAUGGUCGAAUACUGGAAGUGAAUCACCAUCAACUGGAGGAAAUCAGAUCAAGCAAAAUUUAAGGAAUAGAAUUAGAGAUUUGCCGAAAACAGUCUGUGCUCCCAGUCAUCCUGUCUCUGAGUCCAACCAGGUAGAUAUUUAA